GUUCUUCGUGUUAAAAUGUUCUAUUACUUUAUGUUAUUUAUAUAGUUUUAUUUCGUGAUUGCUCUCAUUUGGAUAAUGUUAAACGUGAAUUGUGUCUGAUGUGUUACUAUUUGGUUUGUUAAUUUAUUAUAUCCGUGAAAGUUAAUUGUAAAAAAAUGAAAAUUGAUAGCAAACCGUUAAGAUAUGCUCACGCUGAAGGACACACUGAUGUUUGUUAUACGGAAGAUGGAAAGAACAUAAUCACAUGUGGACAUGAUGGUGAUGUAAGAAUUUGGUUGGAUAUUGAAGAUGAUGACCCCAUAUCCCAUUGUGUAGGGGAGAGUGCACUUGCCAUAUGUUUUAAGGAGAAGAGACUAUAUGUAGCCACAGACAAUCAUGCAGUUCAAGCUUACACUUUUCCAGCAUUUGAUAAAGAUGGCAUUGUCACUAGAUUUACUGCACCAGUCACACAAAUUAAGUCUGCAAGUAAAAUGGAGGCAUUGGGAUGCUCAUCUGAAAAUAUGGAGGCAAAAAUUUGUAGUUUAGAAGGUGGAGCACCACUGUUUAUUAUGUCACAACACAAGGGUCCUGUAUUAAGUAUUGCCAUAUGUCCACAUAUGAAAUACGCAAGCUCUGCAAGUGGGGAUGGUGUUAUGAGGAUCUGGGACAUAGACACUCAAAAUAUAGUAAAGGAGGUCUCCUGUGUCACUAAAAUUAACACAUUUUAUGUUGCCAAAGCACUAUGUCGAAUGGAUUUUGAACCAUUGGAGGGAAAAUAUCUGGCUUAUCCAAAUAACAGGGAAAUAGUUCUUUUAGAUUGUGAAAGCUGGAGCCAAAGGAUGACCUUUACGCAUGGUUUGAUAAAAUGUGCUAUUUCGCAAUGCCUGUUCUCACCCUGUGGACAAUACCUAGCUGGAAGCACAGUAGCUGGGCAAAUCGCAAUUUGGGAGGUGCAAACAGGCACAUGCCUUGAUGUUGUAGAACAUCCUACAUCUCAUAAUGUUUCAGCUAUGGCAUGGAAUCCUAAAGGCAAUGGUGUGUUAGCGUAUUGUGAUGUUGCGGGUCAACUCGGUACGCUUAUUAAUUGUUAUGGCAAGGAUAGCCGUCAAAUAGGUGAUAAUGUUGAUGUUAUGGAUGAUAUUGAGAUGGUCGAGAGGGAUGACGACAAUGACGAUAUAGUGGACAACUUAAUUGGUAACGACAGUGAUGACGACAAUGCUAUUUCGUUGGAGAAAAUAAAGAAUGAAACCCUGGGAUUGCCGAUUGAGCACGAUGACUCCCGGCCUCCGUCGCGAGUAGCGCCACCAUCUACUGUACCUCCUCAAGGUCCUUUUCAACCUUCGUCUACACCUACUCAUUUAGAGCACAGAUACAUGUGUUGGAAUGAUAUAGGUAUAGUUCGAUGUCAUACGUCAGAAAAUGGAGAGUCAAGUAUAGAUGUGGAGUUCCAUGAUACAAAUAUUCACCAUGGUAUACAUCUAAACAACUAUUUGAAUCAUACAAUGGCUAGUUUGUCGUCAACAGUUCUGGCUUUGGCCUGUGAAACUCCAAGCAAAUUAGUGUGCAUUUCGCUGGUGGGUAGUAGCAAGGAGUGGAGUGUUUCCUUGCCUGACACAGAAGAAGUUUUAUGCGUGACGGCCGCCAGUGGAAUCGUCGCCUGCGCCACGAACUCCCGUCUCUUAAGGCUGUUUACACCUAUGGGCACUCAACGACAGGUAAUAUCGUUACCAGGCCCAGUAGUGUGUUUGGCUGCGUAUAAUACGACCGUGAUGGCUGUUUAUCAUAAAACAGAUCCUGGAAUUUCAGAUCAACAUCUAGCGAUGGAUAUUAUAGCUACAAACGGUCGCCAAGUUCGUAGUAAAACAGUUCCUCUACCGCUGACUCCGAGUUCUAAAUUGUCAUGGGUCGGGGCCACCGACGUGGGCUCCCCGUGUGCAUAUGAUAACACCGGGGUUCUGCGACUGUACGACGUCGCUAGCGGCGUGUGGAUGCCUAUAUGCGAUACUAACAACCAUUCAAGAGGAGCAUCUGACACUUGGUUUGUUGUAUCUGUAAGCGAACUAGUUCAGACUGUACGCGCCAUAUUGUGCAGAGGAACUUCUUUCCCCGUUACAGCUCCUAAGCCGAUAAUUAACGAGCUUCCCAUACAGAUUCCAUUAUGUGAAUUGGAUUCUGAAAAAUCUCAAUACGAGGAGCAGUUGGUGCGAUGGGCGCAUACAACAUCUGAUGUUGACGUGAAAAAUGCCCGUGAAACUGCACUCAAGUUAUUCGCACUCGCCUGUCGUAGCGAAAUAGAACAGCGUGCUAUAGAACUAAUGGAAUUAUUGAAAGACGACCGAUUAUUGAUAUUAGCUGCAAAGUAUGCGUCACGUUCAGGGCGUAUUCAUUUAGCUGAUAAGCUGUCCAAUUUGGCGGACAUCUGGGAGAAGGAGGCCGACAAAAUGAACGUUGCACAAAAUACACAUUUCCAAGAAUUGGACACUCAAGAGACGUAUGAUGUUACCAGCACGGAACAGGACUUGAAUACGAGUUUAAUAAUUCCACAAAAAACGAAAGAGAAGAAAAUUGAGAAUAUUACACCAAUUAAACCAGUGCCCAUUAAAUCGUCACCCGGUGGUGUGAGGAAUCCAUUUAGAAAGCAGCAAGAAGCAAUAAAGGUGCAGAGUCCUUUGAGUUUGACAGAGAGGACCUUGGUAGAAGUACAUUCAACAGAUGUACCUGCAGAAAAUACGUUACCAUUGAAACCACUUGAAGGCGAAACAUUUGUCGAUUGGUUUUCGCGUAAUAAACAAACGUUGGAACAGCAACAACCUGAGCUGACACCCUCGGAGCUCACUCGUCACGGUGUCAGAAUGUUCAAGAGUAUUCAAACAAAAGCCAAUAAUAACGAAACCAACGGACAAAAACGAAAGAUUGAUGAUCUUACAGAGACUUCAGAUCCUCCUGUGACGAGUGCCUCGAAACAAUCUAAAUUAAGCGCCUUUGCAUUUCAAAAGAAAACAUAGUAUUAAGUUAUAAGUUUUACUUUUUGACUGAUGACAUACUAUUUUUCGAUAUUAGUUUCUUAAUGUAAAUAUUAGGUUUAUGGA